GGUGUGGGCAACGAAGAAGGUUCGAGGAUGGUUAACCUCACUCAGCAUGCGCACGUCUGGUGGCCACGUGGCAGAACAACGAGAGCUGUUGCUUGAGGCGCACGGCGCGGGUGUUCGAGCAGCGACCGCAGAGGCUGCUACUAGCUUGGCGAACGCAUCCGCACUCUCCUCGCACUUUUCUCGCGUGCCUGAUCUGCUUCCCAGAGCUAUAUUCCGUGGCUCGUGAGCAAGCUUCGUCGUUCGAGUCUCGUGCGCCUGUUCGCCCUUCUUUCCGAGGGAACGCCGCUCUCCGAUCUUUCUCUUCCGUGUUCUUAUUUUCCUACCGACUUACCUCGGAGACAAGAUGGCUUGUAAAAUUUCCUCCCUGCGCCUGCUGUGUCGUUCAUCUGCUCCAAAUGUCGAUCCUGGUUUUAUUGCGACCCGCAUGUCAGGCAUUGCCAUGUGGCGGCAGAUGACCACCCUUGGCGGCCAGGGAAGCAAGGAAGCAAUGAAGGAAGAGCUUAAGCAUCGUGAAUGGCCGGAUAAGGGUACCACGAUUCAGGAGGGAGCAGAGGACAAGGCCAAGGCUGCGAAGGAGGCAGGCUAUGAAAGAGCGUAUGAAGACGCUGCUGAUAUUUACAAGGCGGAGGGUAUGAGUGGGAAGCUGAAGCAAGCAGGGCAUAUGGUCGCGGAUGCAGCCAAGGGGGUGGGUGAGAUGGCAUCCAAGGUUGCUGACAUGGGCAAAGAAGGUGUGGGUCGUGCUGCAGAAACUGCCAGGGGACUGGCGGGUGCACCUCCUCCCAAUGCAGAGGAGAGGAGGGAGACGGUGGAUGCACUUGGCAGGAGGACUGUUCAGGGCGCUGCUGAGGCUGCCAAGUCUGCUUCUGAAGUGGGCGGACAGAGGGGUGGCUCAUAAAAUGUGAUGUGUUGUUAGCUAGCACUACAAUUUGUAAAAUUUAAACUCUACAUGCUUGCGGAUUUUCUUGCUUGUUACACAAAAAUAGUGUCUUGCUUGUUACGCAUUGUCACGGAAAUAUUGUC